AUGGCGACCUCUCGAGCAGCCUCUACAUCGACCACCAAACGCCCGGGCAAGACGCCGCCGUCCGCACCCGGCACGCCGGCGGUCCUCCCCCUCCUGCACCAGCGCAUCCUCUUCCCUCCCUCGUCGACCGCACGUCCUCCCCGCAUCCUGCACUCUCCCGCGCACUCGACGCUCGACCCCGUCAUCCUCGACCUGAUCGCCCUCGCGCUGCGAGCCUUCGUCACGCCGUGGUACAACGGCGGCAUCUCGCGCGACCCGGACAAGGCGUUCCUCCAGGCCGUCACGGCCGUCCUCGUGCAGGUCAUUCAGGCGCUCGAGGUCCGCCUCGCGACGGUCGACUGGGCAGAGCUCGUCGUGCGAGACGUGCCAGAGCUCGUCGCGGCGCACUACCGCGACUGGGACCUCGCGACUGAGCGGGCCGGGAGCGGCUCGGCGCACAACCUCUCGCCCGAGGAGCUCUUCCACAACCUCGAGCCGCACAUCGCCAUCUCGCUGUCGACCGCACCUCACGGCUCGUCAUCGCGAGCGUCGGUCCCGCACGUCGACAAGGUCUACCUUCGCACCCUCGUCGACCACCUCCUCAAGGCGCUCCUGCCGCCCGACGACUACCGCGCCGAGACGGAGCGCGCCAUCGUGCGCGAGAUCCUCGUCGGCGUCGUCUUUGGCGCCGUGUUCAACCGCGUCGCGCAGCCGUGGUUCCUGCAC